UUGUUCAAUAAAAAUAUGCAGGUGACGCGUUUUAGUUGUGGUGGAUUCACAUUUGCGAUACGUCUGAACCACACAAUGAGCGACUCUUCUGGUUUUAUCCAAUUCCUAAACACAAUCGCUGAGUUUGCCCAACAACCCCAAACCAAAAUUACACCAUCUGUCCCACCAAUUUGGCAAAGGCACCUCCUCUCUGCUAGGCAACCUCCUUCCAUUACAUGCCCACACUUCGAAUUCGACCAAGCACUAGCCGGAGCCGCCACCGCCACCACCACGGCCAACGAAACCACCACUAUCGACCGCUCUUUCUUCCUUGGUCCCAAAGAAAUCAGAGCCAUUCGCAACCGUCUUCCCCACCACCACUACAGCACAACAGCGACCACAUUCGAACUACUAACGGCGUGUAUAUGGCAAUGUCGAACACGCGCACUUUGCCUAGCCCCAGACGAGACUGUUCGCCUCUCGUUCACAGUCAAUGGCCGUGGCAAUAAACACGGCCUCAACCUAUCUCCUGGAUACUAUGGCAACGUGUUUACCUAUCCCGCAGUGAUGGCAAAGGCAGGAAUGUUAUCUAUGCUUCCAUUGGGAUAUGCAUUGCAGUUGGUAAAGAAGGCAAAGGCACAAGUGAGCGAAGAGUAUUUCAGAUCAGUGGCUGAUCUUAUGGUGAUAAAGGGACGUCCUUCGCAUACCUUGGAAGCGAAUAAGGACUAUAUCAUUUCAGAUAAUACUCGGGGAGGGUUUGAUAAGUUAGAUUUCGGGUGGGGGAAGCUUGUGUAUGGCGGUAUUGCUAGGGCGAUAUCUUUGAUUAGCUUUUAUGUACCUUUUAGGGACAUUAGAGGAGGAGAAGAUGGGAUUGUGCUACCGAUAUGCUUGCCAGAAUCAGUCAUGGAUAGGUUUGAACAAGAGUUGAAGAAAAUGACUCAGGAGCCUGUGGAACAUCCACCAAAUCAUAAACCCAUUUCCAUGCACCAAAAAUGUUCACAGUCCAUAUCUUAAAAAAAUAAAAUAAAAUAAAAAUUAAGAGUUCAACCUUGAUAACCUACAACAAAUGUAAGGAUAAUUAGUGAAUAAGUACUCUCCAUGUAUUGAGUAUUAGUUGUAUUAUAAUCUUCCCAGAAUGUAGAUCAAUAUGUAACUUAUUUUUGGUU